CCGACUUGGUAGUCGUUUGGUCGAGCUUCAGUGUAGUAGUCGCGCGGGAUCGGAGCAGCGAACGGUUUUUUGGUCGUAUCGACUCUCCUCGUGCGUUUGAUUUGUUUUAAACAUUUCACUCGUUUGGUUGUGUGUUACCUUAAGAGACUGGCCAGUGGUUAUUGUUGAGAAAAAGCCAAAUAAAAAGAGAGAAAACGUUUGUUUGCACUUGGUCAUCACGACGGUCGUUCGCUUUUGUUAAGGAGCCAAUAAAGGAGAGAGAGAGAAGAAAUCGUAUUAUAUCGGAGGGUUGUGCUCAAGGCGAGAGUCCAGGUGCGUCUUCACCCAGGGAAAAAGAAAAAAGAAAGAGAAAUAAAGGUGUGCUUGUCGUCUCACGGUGACCAGUGUGUUGGAAUUUUAUCGGGCUCUAUCCACACUACGCUGCUCACGCACACGUGUGUGUGUCGGUAGUAGUGGGUGGUGUUGUUUCGUCAUCCCCCCGAAAAAAGAAGAGUCGGUUUUGGUUUGAUAAAAUAAGAAAAAUUUGUUUCAAACGAAGAGAAAGCCAUGGGAGCUGAACAGAAGAAAUUCAUCGCCAUGCGGCCGGUUUCAUCAUGGUCGUCGUCGGUUUGGCUAAUGGCCGCCUUCGUCUGUUACCUGUGUUCAACGGCUGGAGCUCAAGACGCGCGUUUGGUGAUUCUACCCGACGGGGGUAAUCUGAUCCGACCCGUUGGCGCCAAUAUCGUCCUCACCUGUAAAGGUGAAGUGCCCGAUCCCGAACUGAUUAGCGAGUUGCGCUGGCUUGGACCCAACGGCCAAGAACUACCCAACGGAGACAGCGGUGAAGCUGAUAAUUCCAGGAUCUCGUCCGAGGACUUGGUCAGCGAUGUCGGACGCAUCCUCUUCAUCAAAGGACUUCAAGAGGCCGACAGCGGCAAGUAUACCUGCUCGGCCGUCUACACCACCAGCCAGCGGCUAGAGGCCCACGUCAAUCUCACCACUAUCGUCGGUAUCACAUGGGAGGAUGCCCCGACGGAGCAGUCGGCCAUCUUUGGCCAGCCGUACAAGGUGCGCUGCGUCGUCCGAGCCAACCCACCGGCAACGAUCGACUGGCAGAGGAACGGCGUUGGAUUUACCACUAACAACCAAUACGUGAUCGAGAACGACGGAGUGCUGAUCCGUGAAGUCAGUUUGGAAGAUGACACGCAUUUCACGUGCCGCGCCCGGGUGCAAACAACCGGCCAGCUGGAAGACAGACGGAUCCGAGUCGAAGUCUUUAUCCCGCCCGAAUUCAUCCGCGAGCCGGUCAACACGUCGAUCGUCGAGGGCGAAGGCGGAUUCAUGGAGUGUCAGGCGUCUGGCAAACCCGAUCCGGUUUACACUUGGCUCGAUCGCAACAAUCAGAACCUCAAUCUCAACCGUGAAAGAUUCAUCAUCGAUGAACAAACGGGCCGGUUGACCAUCAACGACGCCAAGAGGACCGACGAAGGCGAGAUCAAAUGUUUGGUUGAAAAUCGAGCCGGCAAGAUCGAGAAAACUGCUUACUUAAAAGUGAUCAUGAAGCCGGUGGUUGUGGAAUACCUGAACGCAUCGGGGAUCAUGGGCCGCGAAGUGAGCUUGACGUGCAAAGCUUCGGGCGAUCCGUUGCCGGAGGUGACGUUCUUAAAGGAAGGAACGUUGAUCCCGUACACGGUUGGCGUUCAAAAUUCGGACGAUCGCAUCAUCGUCGACACGAGCCGCGAGGGUGAAUACGCUCAAGCCCGUCUCGUCAUCCGAGACUUGAUGCGCUCCGAUGACGGCCUCUACGCUUGUAUCGCCAAAAAUAACGGUGGAAAUUAUACGAAAAAUGGUCACAUUACGGUCGAAUUCCCGCCAACAUUCACCGCGACGCCUAUGCGUGAGGCCUGGUCCUGGGACAAUCAUUUGGUCAAUUUGACGUGCCGCGCCGAAUCGAUCCCCAACGCCACCGUCAGCUGGUUCCUCAAUGGCCGCAACCUCGAGAACGACUACAAUAUCCGCAUGAACGCUUUCCACGGCGAGAGCACCAUCACGGUGACGCCGAUCGAUCUCAGCUAUUACGGAACCUACCGCUGCUUGGCCAUGAACAUUCACGGCAAGGACGAACACGCCAUUGAAUUGCGUGAGGCUCGCGCUCCCGGCCCUCUUCUCCAAACGAAAUUCGAGACCAUUACCGCGACGACCAUCACGUUCAAUUUUAUCGGACCGGUGGAUAACGGCGGACUACCCAUCGAGGCGUUUGCCGUUCAAUACAAAUUAGCCGGACAAGUUUGGGAUGAAAAGCCGUUGCAGCGCGUCUGGCCUGUCGGUGGGAACCAAUACUACGAUUUGCAUGAUUCGAUUUCGCACGCCAGCACCGAUAUCCCUUACAUCUUGGAGAAUUUGGAGCCGCAGACAAUUUACUCGUUCCGGUUCGCGGCCAAAAACCAGGUGGGUUACGGCGAGUGGUCGCGCGAAGAGACGCACACGAUGCCAAAACGAGCUGCGCCCGAAGAGCCCUACAUCAUCGCCAAAACGGAGAACAAGGUCGUCUCCACUCCUUAUGCCGAUCGUUACGAGCUGCUCUGGUCCGCGCCGCCAAACAAUGGAGAACCCAUUGAUUAUUUCGAAGUCGCUUAUUACCCCGUGCGCAACACUUCGGCCGGAUUGAUUGAAGCUGGCCAAUUGGUCCGCACUCAAGUACCUUACCCGGCCAACGUUCGUUUUGAAAUGAAGAACCUCAAAGCUGACACGAUUUACCGCAUCGAGUUGAGGGCCCACAACGUCAUCGGAUUCAGCGCUCCCGCCGAGAUCCUUCUGCGCACAGCCAAAGAUCCUUCUCGCUCGUCGGGCGGCGUUGCGGAAGGUUCCAGCCAGUGGUCCACAACUUCCGGCUCACACCCUAAUUAUUCUACUCCUCCUACUCCGCAUUACACCACUGCUAUCUGCUCCUCCUUGUUCCUCGUCCUCUCCUUCUUCUUCUAGAGAGAAAAGCAAAACAAAAAAAAUAAAAACUUCCUCUUACCUUUUUCUUUCUUUUGCUAACUGUUGCAUUUCGUCGUCGUCGUCGUUUUGCUUUUUACCAAUUGACCGCAUAGAGAUAAAAAAAAAGGAAAGAAUUUUUUGGGAUUUCAUUUUUUUUUUUAAGCUGUAAAACGUAGAGCAAUCUGUACACACAAAUUUCCACACGAUACACAUAUUAUGCUUCUCUGUCUCCCCUCCUAUUUCUCCCUCUCAGUGCUGUUUCCUCUUUUCUACUACUGCCACCGCUACUUCUACUUCUACUACUACAGCCUAAAAAACCUACUACUAUUGCAUCACGGCUUCUUCAACUCAAUGUUCCAAUUAAAAGAAAAAAAAAUCGUUAAAAUAAUAAUUAAUACCAAAUUAAUGAGUAAUAAUAAUAAUUUGCCCCUUCCCCCCAUAACAAAAGACGAUUCCGAAUUUGGAGCCAAAAAACUUUUAAUUUUUUUUUUUAUGAUUUUCAAUUUUUUCGAAUUUUUCUCUCUUAACCAUUCCAGUGUGUUGUCGUGUCCCCCAUAUCUUCAUAUAUACUAUACACACACAAUGUAGGCUGUAUGUAUAUAUAGAGACCACUUUUUUGAGUUGGGUGUGUGUCAUUGAUGAUCAAACCGGGGGGAGUAGUUUUUCUUAUUACAUAAUCCCCCUCCUCCCCAUCGAAAAACAAAGCAACAAAAAAAAAAGCCAAUGUUUGUAUACAGUAAGAAUUAGAAAUGAAGAAGGAAAAAAAAAGGCAUUGUGUUUUUAACCAAAUCUUAACGCUUGGCGGCUAAAAUAUCUUUUUUUGAAAUAGAAGGGAUUUUUAUUUUGUGUUCGUUUCCGAUACUUCAGUAUGCAUACCGUACGUGUCAUCUCUAUCUGAAACAACAGAAAAAUGUGCAUGUUAUGGCCUCUUUUGAUUUGAUCUAAUAUGGCUUCUUUGAUCCUCUUUGAUCUUUAACCCUCUUCUCCUUUUGUUUUCCUUUGCUCCCUCCUUUUUUCUACCCCCUGUUUAUUUCUUUUUUUUAUUUCAAGAACCUUCUUGAUCCCAAAAAUACUUUGCGUCGAACCUUUUGGAUUGUUUUCCAUAUAUGCUACACACAGACACACAUACUUAUCGGAUCAAAAAAAAAAAAGAAAUAUGGACGAUUCUUUUUUUAUUUUUCUUACAAACAAUUGGUUCACUUCCCAAUAAAUUUUCAGAUGCCUAUUUAGUGAUCUCUCGUUUAAAAAGGCAAAAAAAGAAUGAAAAGCUUUUCUUUUUUUUUCUCUCCCUUCCAACAACUCCUCCUUCGUUCAUCCCUUCUGCUCGGUACACAUAAAAUGAGAAGAAAUAAGAGAUUACUGUUUUGCCCAAAUGUUUUUUGCUGUCAUGUUCGUUUUCCUCCUCCUCCUGCCCUGCCCUCCCAACAUAUAUAAUCUUUUAUUUCCGGAACAACAAUUAAAUAAUCCCGACACAUUUUUCCCCCUAUCUCUCGUGACUUUUGUCUCAAAUGAAAAAAAAAAAAAACAAACAAAGAAAGAAAAUCAACAAAACAUUUUGAGAAAAAAAAACUGUUUUUGAAUUUUUGUUUUUCUUUUGUACAUCUUUCCCAUUUUUGAGACGAAAUCGAGAGAUCUAAAAAGGAAAUUUGGAAAAAAAACUCCCCAACAAAACAAAACAAAAAAAUUAAUAAAAUACAAAAAAAAGUUACUUUGAAAAAAAUAAAAACGACGAAAGUUUCCAGAAUACACGGUUUGUUUAUUCGCCCCAGAAAAAACAAAAAAACAACAACAAAAUUAAACAAGUAUUAUUAUGUAGUUGAAGUGAACCAAUAAUAAUGUUAAAAAUCACGUUUUCUAACAAAACAAAACAAAAAAUCUUACCAAAAAAAAAAAAAAAAAAAGUUCUUGACUUUGACCGAUUAUUUAUAUAAAUAAUCAUUUUUCUGCGGCGUUAUAGUAGUAAAUAUAUAGAUAUUAUAGCUCUCUCUCUGCUCUUUCCCACAAAUCCCAAUCACCUCCGCCCAUCCAUUUCCCCGUGACUGGCUUAUACGUUAUUUGUCUGUUCGUCGUCGUUUGUUGUGUCGUGUUUUGUCUUCAUAACCAAAAAAGUCGCAUUGGCUUGGGUGGGGGUAGUGUCAUCACACACAUUUGCAUAUUAUUCUCUAGAACUGUAUAGAUUUUCUUCCCCCUGAUGAUUUAUAGCCAUUAGAAAAAUGACAAACAGAUAACGUGAGAAAGUGACAUAGAGACUGUUUAUAUGUUUCA